UUUAGAAUUAAGAUAAUAAUAUAUUACUUGUGAAUCAGACUUCCAAAUAUUUUAAUCAAUUAUAUUUUAUUAUAUUGUUUUCAAACUAUAUUUUCAAUGUUUUCAUUGUUUUCAACAGUUUAUAAUGUUGACGUAAAUGAUUUGUAUUAACUAUACCGUGUGAUUUAUUUCAAAUGGUCACAACUUGUUCAGUUAAAGGCUGUAAAUCCAAAGCUGGCCAAGGGAUUAAGUUUCACAGACUUCCUAAAGGCGAAAUUCGAGAAUUAUGGAUUACAUUCCUCAAGAAAUACAAUCCUCUGUUCAUGCCAACAAGUCGUAGCACCAAUGUUUGUGGGCUACAUUUUUUAUCUGAUUUGGACUAUGAAGUUACACCUACCAGCAUUUAUCAAACUAAGCGUUUAAAAAAAAAUGCUGUACCUAGUAUUAUGAACCAAAAUGUCUGUAUAUCAUUAUUUAAUAAGUCGAAUCAGGAAUUGAACUGUGUUCCUGAUCAUGAAAUUGUGACAUUAUCAUUGUCAGAUUUAUACGCUGAACCCAAUGUACCACCUAAUAUACCUUUUGACAUAUUAAUAAAAAAUAUUGUAUUGUCAAAACCCUCUAUUCAAAAUGUAAGUACAGUUUCACCUGCGCCUGUUAUUCAAAAUAAAGUCGAAAUUCCAAGUGUACUUGUUUCUGUUCAAAAUGCAAGUAUAGAUUCACCUGCACCCGUUAUUCAAAGUAGAAAUGAAACUCCAAAUAUACAAAGCACAAGUGAAGAAAAUUUACGAAGACUAAAUAAUAAAAGAAAGUGUUUUAUGGGCGAUUUUAAACAACUAAGUGAUAUAGAUAGYCCGAAUAGUAGAUUAAAAUAUUGGAUUGCUUCUCAGUCAACUGUAAAUAAACAAAACAAAAAAAUUAAGUUAUUAUAUAAACAAACAGCAGAAUUGAAAAAAAAAGUUAAGAAAUUAGACAAUUUAAUAGAUCAACUAAAAAGUGAAAGAAAAAAGGAUUCAAACAAUUGCAUUACAGUUCUUAAGGAAUUAAUAUUAUCAUCGAGUCAACAUGAAAUUUAUAUGUCUAUGUGUAAACCAAUUUGAUGUUUUAUCAGUUUAUUUAAAGCACAAGACUAAGGGAAAUUCAAAUCUGUAAAUAUGACUAUACUAUACAAAAAUUGUCCGUAACAUCUUCAAAAUCAUUGUUUAACGGGAGGUGGGAAAUUACAAAUAAAUGUAUAAUGUAAUAUUCAACAAAAUUACAUGUUUAUAACUUUAUUUUAAAAYCAAUAAAAACACCAUAAAGAGACAUUACUUUGAUUAUAAUAUCAUGUUUGUAUUAUACACAUUAAAGUGUACUGUAUAAUGUAAUGUAUAAUUUAGUAUCAUGUUAAAUUGUAACUGUUGAGCUACCAUAGUCUAUACUAGAUGCUAAUAAAAAAGUAUACUAUACUAAAUAAAAAAUAUAUUACAAUUAA